GAAAUUAGGGUUCUUGGGCUUAGGUCACUAGGGUUUUGAUGGCGGCUUCGUCGCUGUGCCUGAUCGGCUGCGUGGCGCUGUGGAUCCUCGCCGGCACUGCCUUGGCUGAAGAUUUAGUGGUCGCCAAGCUUGAUCGUCGGGUCGAUCUGACAUCGCAAGUGGCAAGAACCCUCGUUUCUUUCAAGAUCGAAAAUUCCGGAUCCGAUCCAGCGACCAAGUUCUUGUUUGCGCUUUCCAAGGAUCAAUUUGACCAUCUCGCAUUUAUCUCGGCCGCGUCUGUGUCAGUGAAAGGCAAGUCGAGGACACAAUCCGCGCCUCUAACCGUGAAAGAAGUCGAGAAGAAGGAAGAUCCGAGCUCCGAUGCUGUCUACUUCGAAAUCUCUCUAGAGAAAUCUCUAGAGCAAGGCCAGGCAGCGACCAUCGAUGUCCAGUACGCGCUUACACAUACGCUGACGCCCUUCCCACGAGAGAUUCGUCAGUCCGAGACACAGCUCGUGCUAUACCACGACUCGGCAUACGUGCUUUCUCCAUAUCUGGUGAAGUUCCAGACAACUUUCUUCAAGCUUCCAGGCAGCCGUGUGGAGUCCUAUACCAAAGUGGAGCCGACCAAGUUGGGAGACAAGGAGAUCAAGUAUGGACCUUACGAGAACGUUUCGCCCCUCAGCCAAGCACCUGUGACGCUCCAGUUUGAGAACAAUCGGCCGUUUGCAGUAGUGGAAACACUUGAGCAGGAGAUCGAGAUCUCGCACUGGGGGAACGUGUAUGUUACCGAGAACUAUCACCUCAAGCAUACUGGAGCACGUCUGAAAGGUGGAUUUUCCAGGCUAGAUUAUCAAGCUAAAGGAAACGGUGUUUCUGCCUUUCGCUAUCUUGCCGCGAUCUUGCCCCCACGGGCACACUCGAUCUACUAUCGUGAUGAGAUUGGAAACAUUUCUACUUCUCAUGUCAGGAACGAGCCUAAAAGAACGAUAGUUGAGUUUGAGCCAAGAUAUCCGCUUUUUGGAGGCUGGCAAGUGAAGUUUACUUUGGGAUACAGUGUCCCUCUCCAAGAUUUUGUGUUUUUGGCUCCUGAUGGAAGCCGCUACCUUAACUUUACCUUCGGUAGUCCUCUUGUCGACGUAGUUGUGGAGAAGAUUACUACAAAGGUUGUUCUGCCCGAGGGAUCAAGAGAUCCCAGUGUGGAAGCACCAUUAGCUUUGGAUGAGCAACAUCAGGAGGUGAAACAUAGCUACUUAGAUACAGUUGGUCGUAAAGUCGUCGUCCUCACGAAGAAAAAUGUUGUCGCCGAGCACAAUGUACCGUUUCAGGUCAAAUACAAAUUUAAUCCUCUGGCCAUGCUUGCGGAACCACUGAUGCUCAUUUUCGGCUUCUUCUGCUUCUUCUUAGCUUGCAUGGCGUACUUGCACUUCGAUUUUCCAAUAUCGAAGUCCUCUGCCGCUUACCAAGCUCGUCUCCAGCAAGAGGAGGUCCUUGAUCUUCUGCAACGCUUCCAAAAGCUCAUGAAAAGACGGCUCUUCGAGGCUGAGAAGCUCGAGGCAGCAUUGCGUGACCUCGCCCGUACCGGCGACGUUGCUCCUUGCAAAGCCAGCAAAAAACUAGUAGAUCCAACGCUGUCCAAGGAAGUGAAAGCCAUUCACGAAGCUUUGCAAGCAACUUCACGCUCGUCAAGUGUCAACUCAAAGGUGGAGGCCUUGAUCACGAAAGAGAAAGAGAAGCACGAGAGGCUUCUCCAGAAGCUGAAUCUCACAGUGGAUUUGUACGAGAGGAAGAUGAGCAGCAAGGAGAUCGAUUCACGCCUCGUUCCCCACGAGCAAAAGUACACUCACCUCAAAUCGGAAGUGGCGGAGCUGAUGGAUAGCUUGGACGAUUGAAAGAAAGGAGGAAGAAGAAGCACUCACACAGAACACCACAAGAAUAAUCGGACAAUUGAAAAGACUAAGGUGUCUUAACAUCUAACGAAGAAUGUUUCUAGAUCAUGCCAAUGGGAUUUACUCUCA